AUGCAUCAAAACAUUGGAGGAGGAAAGGUUGCUGCACAGGCAAAGCUGCAUUCCCAGGAAGCAGAAGCUGGCUCCAUAAGGAAGCUGCGCUUCGUGGUGAAGGGCGUGGCUGCGACUGCUAAACGGCAGCAGCAGCGUUCCUUCCAGUCGGUGGGCUGUAGGUAUCACGGGCAGAACGGCUGCUCCCGGCGCACGGAAGGGACUACUGGCCUGACCGUGGGACUCGAGGCGAGGGUGAGGACGCCGAGGCGGGACAGUGAAGUGCCGAGGGGGAAAGUCCCUGCGCGAAACGAGCGCGCCCAGAAAAGGCGCCCCUCCUUCCGCUGCCGUGUCGUGGAGUGUGGGAGGAAGACUUCGCCACCAGGAAUUGUGGCUUCAUCGUCCUUCCCGCCAAGAAGGGAAGUCAUCGUUCCUGCCCCGAGACUGCCGCGGCGCCGCUGGGCGAGACCGCGCCUGCCGUGGCCUCUCUCGCUUCUGACUUGGCAGCCUACCUACAUAAUAAAAGAAAUUUCGAGCCAAAUAUUGGAAGAGAUGUCAGAAGAUUCAGAAAAGGAAGUCUAUUCAGAACAAUCAGUGAAGAUGAAUCAUAGCCAUGGCUCUGACAGUUCAGAAUCCAGUGGCUCUCAGACUGAUCUUCUCAAGUUAAGUUCUCAGGUACGACUGAAAAUUUCUGCCUAUGAUAUGGAUAUGCCAAAUAGGUACUCUUCUUAUUAUGACUAACAAUCAGGCAAAAAAAAAGUUUGCAGUUGUAUAAUUAUUGUAUAUCAUAAUUGUUAUUUUCCUACUAUGUACCAUAUACUUAAAUCAUAGAAUUUUCUAACCUUAGCGUUUUUUUAAUACUCUUGCUUAUUGAUGAGAACAGUUAAGAUCCAGAGAGAUUAAACUACGUUUCAAAAGCCACACCGCUUAUUAAUGAGAGUUGGUAGCAUAACAUACGUCACCUGACUGCUAGUCCUAUAUUCAUUCAUUCAUUCAUUUAUUUAACAACUACAUACUGAGCUCCAACUAUGUGCUUGGGAAUAGAGCAGUGAACAAAACAAGACAAAAAUCCCUCCCUCUGUAACUUAUAUUCUAGUUGGUAAGUAAAAUAUAUGAUGUGUUAGAUGAUCGGAAGUGCCCAAGGAGGAGAUAAGAGCAGGAGGAUUAGGGAGUUUAGGUGGUAUUAGUACCAAAUGUUUGUGUCCCCGCCCCAACCCUGACCUCCAAUGUGACGGUGUUAGGAGGUGACUAAGACAAGCUAAGACAGUACUCUAUUGGUACAUGUUAGAAAAUGCUGAUAUUCCAUGAAAGGACUUCUGCAGGUGAUUGUGGAGGGAGCUCAGAAAGAAAGGAAGAGAGCGGGAGAGUAAGUGUCCAUCUUUUUAGACAAUGCAUAAGUAAUCAUGUACAGAUAAGGUCUCAGAAACAAAGAACACGUUACUGGACAAUGGACAAAAUGAAGUCCUUGCUAUAAAAUGGUAAAGAACUUGGCUGAAUUGUGUUUGUGUUCUAGUGUUUUGUGCAAGGUAGAACUUGUGAGUGAUAAAAUUGUAUAUUUAGCUGAGGAGAUAUCUAAGCAAAGUGUUGAAGGAGUGGCUUGGUUCCUCCUGACUGCAUACAGUUAAAUGCAAGAAGAGAUAAAUGAACUGAAGAAGGAAUUGUUAAGCAAAAAGGACCCAGAACAUUGAAGUUUGGAAAAUUCUCAGCCCAUCCAUAAUCCAAAGAAUGAGAAUGUACAUUCAGAAUAGAACAGUGUGUGGAGGACCAACCAUUUGAUAAGGAGGUGAGAGUGGGUAUGAACCAUGGAACUAAUCAGCCACCCCAACAGGAAAACUGCCAGUUUGAACUGAAGGGGAGAGCCACAAUUUUUAAAUGUUACACUCCAUUUAUAGUUAUUAUAAAAUAUUGGCUAUAUUCCCCAUGUUGUACAGUUAUCCUUGUAGCUUAUUUUAUACAUAAUAGUUUGUACCUCUUAAUUCCCCACCCCUGCAUUGCCCCUCCCCCUUCCCACUGGUAACCACUAGUUUGUUCUCUGUAUCU